AGGCAGACGUUCUUGAAAUCGGAGAAUCGAAUCGGCGAGAAUUGCAGUGACAAAAAAAUGGGUUUGUUCAAGAGAAAAGACAACCAAAUCCGACCUUCAUCAAAGUCCAACAAGUCUAUUAACAGUUCGACAGGCUCAAUGACCCGCUCCCAGCUCAACAUGGCCAUUAUGGAGAUGUUGAAUCUGACUCAGAGCACACACGGGUGUGAUUAUGUAUGUAGGGGUAACCCCAUUACCGACACCGGCAAAAGGAAGCAGUUGUUUAAGAUGUUGUCCGUCGUGUUGCUGCCGAUGGCCAUUUUGAUAGGCAUGACGGGAAAUGUAUUCCUGAUAACUGUCAAAAACUUCAUCGAGGCGAAGGAGACCAGAUCGGCCCUGUCCUUCUCUGUUGAACUUGGUCAGAUGAUGCGCUUUCUGCAAAGAGAACGCGACAUGAGCGCCCUCUACGUGAGCGCCAUUGGUCCCGACACGAAAGAGUUCCUUCUGAAGCGUUACCCCGACACAGACAUGGCCCUGGAAAAUCUGUCUCACUGGCCCGUCAGCAAGAAGAAUAAUCGUCAAGAGUUCCAGUCCAAGGACCGCUUCCUGUUGUUUCUGAACCGUCAUCGAUACCAGCUCGACCUAUACAACAGAACGGCCAAGGAGGAGCUCUUCUUCUAUACGGACGUGAUCGAUGUCUUCAUCACUUGGCUCUAUGAUGCUGUGUCAGAGGCCAGGUCAGGUGCCAUUUGGAAAACCCUUGUUGCCUACCAGGAAAUCAUCGUAGCCAGUGAAUACAUCGGACGAGAACGAGGCUUGGGUGUGACCUACUUUGCUCUCGGCGGUUUCAAAGCUAAAGAAGAUUACCUCCUGUUUCUGGAAGCCCAGGAUAUUGCCAAUAUAACUUUUCAGUCUUGUAGGCGAUAUUCUGAACUGGCGUACAAUCUCUAUGAAGUUCAGAUGUUACAAAAUGAUUUGGUUUUAGCCCCUGUGCGGGCAAUGAGGCUAAACAUACGAUCGAAUAAAAGCGCUCAACUCGCAGGGUCGCUAGAUAAAGCCAAUGAAUGGUUCGACAACAUGACAAUAUACCAAGAUAUUGUGCGCGGCACGCAGAGGGCUUUGGCUAAUAAGAUAGACAUCAUGCUCACUGCAAAAAGCGACGAAGACGUAUACACCAUCAUAACCAUUGCGUGUAUCUUUGGGCUGAUCAUGGUAGUAUGUCCACUGGUGAUUAUAGGGGUCUAUUUCUUAACGUCUGAAAUUCAGAAGUAUUCCAUAUCCAUCGCUAAUCGAACAAAAGCGUUGAACAAGGAGAAGAAAAGAACGGACACACUGUUGUAUCAGAUGCUGCCCAAGUCAGUGGCGGAGCGGCUGAAAUGUAACGAACAAGUGGAGGCCGAGCAGUAUGAGCAGUCCACCAUCUUCUUUAGCGACAUUGUGGGCUUUACCAAAAUCUCCUCGUCUAGUUCCCCUUUACAGGUGGUCGACAUGUUGAACAGUCUGUACACGUGCUUUGACGAGAGGAUAGAAAUGUAUGAUGUGUACAAGGUGGAGACCAUUGGUGACGCCUACAUGGUAGUGUCAGGUGUUCCGAGGCAUAAUGGAAAACAGCAUGCCUCAGAAAUAGCAAAGAUGGCGUUUGACCUCGUUAGAAGACUACGACAUUUAGAAAUACCGCAUCUCCCCGGCAUAAAGUUCACUCUCCGGAUCGGCUGCCACUCUGGCACAGUUGUUGCGGGAGUGGUGGGAAACAAGAUGCCGAGGUAUUGUUUGUUUGGGGAGACUGUGAGUGUUGCCUCCAAAAUGGAAUCUCUCGGAAAAGCCAACAAAAUACACUUGAGUGAGACUACAUACGAUAUUUUGACAUCUAUUGGAGGAUUUACAAUGCAUGAAAGAAAGGAUAACAUAGCCAAGGUCUCACCUGAGCUGAAAGCUCAAGUGAGCUAUUCUGAUCACAUUUUGACGUACUGGUUGGCGGAAGUGGACGGCACGGAGACGGACACCGACUCUGUGCAGACCGAGCCCGAGGAGCCGCACGAGAGAGUGGCAGGCUCCAAAAGUUUCUGGCUACAUUAAAAAUACGAUAUGCGAACACAAUUUGCGUAAAAUCAAGACAACAUAAUACAUGUAUAUAACAAGAUCAGUGUUGUUUGUAUAAUUAUGUCCUCGCUUUGUUUAUAUAUGUAGUGAUGGAUCUGUUUGUCCUCGUUUUUAACAAGUGCGUUUAAAAUGCUUACAUUUUAUGAAUUUUUUUCUCUCCACAAUCGGAUUUUUUUCUUCAGAAUUUUCAUUAUUUACAAUUACUAUAGUAUGAUUUUAUAAAGUUAUUUCGAGCAGUUAACUACAAAUUGAAAUUACCUUUUUUUGUAUAUGUCUAGCUAAAUGAUUUUAAGCUUUGUAAUUUUUUGAUAUUAAGAAAAGCAAUUAAAUUUGGAGGGACUUUCAAAUUAUAUGUAUUAACUUCUUUGUUUUGUUUUUUUUUAACUUUUAUAUUAUUAUUUGUAUGCGUGUUGUAAGAAUUAUCAAAACCUUUAUAAGGUACAUUAAUUUGGAAGUGUAUCUCCGUUAAGAUAAUUUUCUUGGUUAUACAAGAAUUUUUUUUAAAACUAUGGUUGUCUUAACUUCUUCACAGAAGUACAUUUAUGUUUUGUAUUCAUUGUGUAAAGUAUAUGAAAUAAAAUUUUGUUUCAAAACUCGCAUUGAAAUCGGUUGACAAGACUUGAUCAAAUUUUUAGAGAUUUUAAGACAAUAGUUUACCAACAUAUUUAAAGACACCUUCGAACGUGGCCAAAUGUAAAGAUCAUUUUAUUGUACAAUACAAAUCGUCCACCCUUUGGUUAUUUUUUCUCAUAUAAACUGUAACUCAUUUGUAGUUUUUUGAAUAUUGAAAGACCUCUGUCAGCUCUCACGACUGUUUCGUUCGGAUAUGAUAUCCCGUAUAUUAUAGUUUUUGUGAACAUCGCAGUCUUUAUUUUUUCACUUGCCCUAGUAUAUCCU